GUCAUUUGCAUGCAUUCAAUAUACUGGAACUUUAACUAUGUGAUUCGUGUCUCGUGUGCCUGAGAAGGUUAUGUGAUUCCAUAUAUAUACACAUUUCACCACAGCAUGGCUACCCCAAGUCCUUAUGCAACACGGCAGUGUUCGAACUGCCAGGGGGACACGAAAUUCAUCUGUACUUCAUGCAGAUGUGAUUUAUGUUCCAGCUGUAAAGAGGAACAUGUGAUUGAGCUAAAUACAAUGGACCAUGAUGUGAUGAUAUUCCGCAGGAAAAUGACCUCUCCAAUUCAAGAAAACUGUGCUAUACAUACUGAUAAUGUUUAUGAUAAGUAUUGUGAAACUUGUGAAUUGCCCAUGUGUUCCUCUUGCGAUGAACAUACCGGACACAAGAAAUUAGAUAUUAAAUCCUUACAUGAUUCACACCAUCAGCGACUCAGAAAAGCUAUUCACGUCGUGAGGGGCAAGAUCCACUUAUACGAAAGUGUUUUGAUGACCGGCAUCAAAACUGAUGUGAAAACCUGCCAAAAAGAAAUAUGGAAAGGUAAUGCAAGUCUUAUUUUGAAUGCCGCACGGCUUAAGGAUAUCGUUGAUAAAGUUUUAUGUGACGUUGAACUCAUACACAAGUGUUUUGUACACAAUCUGAAAAGACACAGACAUAUUUCUAGUUUGGUGUGUACUGAACAUUCAUUUGAACAGUCAGCAACAGAUCCUGUAAAAUUCCUCUUAUCAAAAUCUGCCUUUGGAACAUUAAAAGAACGGUACGGAUGUGCAAAACAUGCCAAGCUAAGUGUAACCGAAAGACUGAACGCAAAGGGCGUGACGAUGUUAUUGAGCGAUAUAAAGGUCACAGAGGGACGAAAACGACCUACAGAAAUUGAAAUCAAGUUGAUGCCUGCACCUGUGUUUCAAAAGUUUUUCAUGGCGACAGAUGUUGACUCCUGUUCCCACAUGGCUUUUGUGACAGCAGAUAAGAUAUGGAUUGGAUGUAAAAACAAGUUUUAUUUGAAAGACACAAACGGCGACACACUUUUUCACCAAGAGGGACCAGUUAAUGAUUUUUCUUUGUAUAACCCUGCUGCAUAUUUCACAGUAACCAAUGAAAAGGAUUUGGUUUUUAUAAAUAACGAUCAUAACAUCGUUAAACUGUCACACGAUAUGGAAAAAAUAACGACAUUAAUUAACACACCAUACAAUAACAAGGGACCAUGUUGUGUGUAUUUCGCCCCCUUCGCUGGAGAUCUACUUGUAGGGUUCAUAGGAUAUGGUGAUUUGGAUAACAAAACCUGGAUAAACCGUUACGAUGAAUUAGGCCGUCUGAAGCAAACAAUUCAGUAUAACGAAUCAGGAUACCCUCUUUUUACCCAUCCUUCCCAUAUAGCAGAGAACAACAAUGGGGAUGUUGCUAUUUCAGAUAGAAGUACAGUUGUAAUUACAGACAUUGGAGGUCGACAUCGCUUCUCUUACCAUGGAGGGCCAUUCAAUUUUGGGGUGGUUCAAUGA